GGGCUGCUGCGCUCGCCCUUCGACCGCAACGUGCCCGUGCAGCUGGAGCUGCAGGAGCUGCUCUUCGACCACGUCUUCCAGCGCCUCGGCGUCUCCUCGCAGGGUUGUGUGGAUCACCCAAUUGUUCUGACAGAAGCAGUUUGCAAUCCUCUGUACUCAAGGCAAAUGAUGUCUGAGCUCCUCUUCGAAUGCUACCAAGUGCCAAAAGUGUCCUAUGGCGUGGACAGCCUGUACAGUUUCUAUCACAACAGAAGGCAGAACUGGCCCUGCAGUGGUUUGGUGAUAUCCUCAGGCUACCAGUGCACACACAUUUUGCCAGUGCUAGAAGGAAGGCUGGAUGCCAAGAACUGCAAGCGCAUUAACCUGGGGGGUUGCCAGGCUGCCGUGUACCUGCAGCGGCUGCUGCAGCUGAAAUACCCCGGGCACUUCGCUGCCAUCACGCUGAGCCGCAUGGAGGAGAUCCUGCACGAGCACAGCUACAUCGCCCAAGACUACACAGAAGAGCUGCAGAAGUGGCGGUGCCCAGAGUACUACGAGAACAACGUGCACAAGAUGCAGCUGCCUUUCUCCAACAAGCUGCUGGGCAGCACUGUGGCCUCUGAGGAGAAGCAGGAGAAGAGGCAGCAGCAGCUGCGGCGCCUGCAGGAGCUCAAUGCGCGGCGGCGGGAGGAAAAGCUGCAGCUGGACCAGGAGAGGCUGGACAGGCUGCUGUAUGUGCAGGAACUUCUAGAAGACGGUCAGAUGGAUCAGUUCCACAAAGCUUUGGUGGAGCUGAACAUGGACUCAGCAGAAGAACUUCAGUCUUACAUCAACAAAUUGAGUCUGUCUGUUGAACAAACAAAGCAGAAAAUCCUACAGUCAGAAGUCAAUAUUGAAGUAGAUGUGGUGGACAGCAAGCCAGAGACUCCUGACUUGGAUCCAUUGGGCAGUGAACAGUCCCUGGAGGAUGUGGAAAGUAUUAAUGAGUUUGAACCUUUAUUUGCUGAGGAGCAGCCUGAAGUUGAGAAGCCUGUUGCUGCAGUGCAGCCCGUGUUUAACCUGGCAGAGUACCACCAGCUUUUCCUUGGCACUGAAAGAAUCAGGGCUCCAGAGAUUGUCUUCCAGCCCUCCCUGAUAGGAGAGGACCAGGCUGGUAUAGCAGAAACCAUGCAAUAUGUCCUUGAGAGGUACUCAAAGGAACAACAGGCUAUCCUUGUCCAGAAUGUUUUCCUCACUGGUGGAAAUACAAUGUACCCUGGACUGAAAGCCAGAGUCCAGAAGGAGCUCCUGGAAAUGAGGCCAUUUCAGUCAUCCUUUCAGGUUCACCUUGCUUCCAGCCCCGUCUUGGAUGCCUGGUACGGGGCUAGGGACUGGGCACUGGAGCACAUGAGCCGUGAGGAAGGCUGGAUAAGCAGGAAGGACUAUGAGGAGAAAGGAGGGGAGUACCUCAAGGAGCACUGUGCUUCCAACGUCUACGUCCCCAUCCGCCUGCCCAAGCAGGCCCCGCGGGCAGCAGAGGCUCCCAGCAGAGCCUCGGGCACGGGGAACCCCAGCGAGCAGGCUUAGCCCUGUCCUUGGCCCCGCGGGGAGAGCUGCCGGGGUGCGGGGAGAGCUGCCGGGGUGCGGGGAGAGCUGCCGGGGUGCCGGGAGAGCUGCCGGGGUGCCGGGAGAGCUGCCGGGGUGCCGGGAGAGCUGCCGGUGGCAACAGCUCCCGGUGUUUGGCGGGGC